AUGUAUUUAAAGUUACUUUUGACUUAUUUAUCAACAAUAUGCGCCAUGUCUCACACAUCAACAAAUACUUCCGAUGUUAUAAUAACGUAUGAAGGACAUAGUGAAGUUGAGAAUGCUAAACCUAUGUCGGUUUCAAAGCAAGAUACACCAGAAACGGGUGCGGGCAAUGAAGUGGUCAAAUUCGAACCCAAACUUACCAAACCUCUUGUGUCGGACACAACAGAAACAUAUCCGGAAGCUACUGAGGAUGUUAUUUUUAUACCGAAUGAAAAGCCGGUGCUGCGAAAUGAAGAUUACUUAUAUGAUAGAGAAGAAGUUGCAAUGAAAGAUUUGCUAACUAGUCGCGCUAGUGAUGUUCUCAGUGACAAGAAAGUUAACGUCGAGACCGAGGCUCCAUCCAAGGAUGUUCUUUUCAUAACAGGCAAAAACCAAGAAUACGAUGCAAAAGAUAACACGAAUAGAGAAAAUAAGCGGAAUAAGAAAGAGCAAACUAGAAUUGCAACAGCAACGAGGGAGAUAUUUAAAAAGAUCAACUGCACAAACCUUGACUGUAAUAAUACACAAGAUCCUGUUUGUGGAGGAAAGCUAGAAAACAACAAAUGGAAAUAUAGACUGUUUUUAAAUGAGUGUUUCUUUAGGAAAGUUAAUUGCGCUUUCAGAUAUCGCGUAAACAGAUAUAAACCAGUGCCUGCAGAAAAAUGCAACAGUUUCGGAGCACAUUACUCCGAGAGACCUCUCUUGUACAAACCUCAGCCUCUACCAAAGCCUAUCGAGCAAAAUGAAACCCGACGAAGUUUCUCGUCUCGGCGGUAA